AGGUCUUAUUCAGCGCCGUGUGUGAGAGAGAGAGACACGCAGUGUAGAGGCAAACAAACUGACCGAGAGACCGGAGCGAACAUGGUGGAUUACCACGCCACGAACAACCAGCAAUCCGCCCCCGCCGGGGGCCAGACCUACAUGGAGCAGCCCGACGAGUGGGACCGGGACCUGCUGCUGGACCCCGCCUGGGAGCGACAGCAGCGGAAGACGUUCACAGCCUGGUGUAACUCUCACUUGCGGAAGUCAGGAACGCAGAUCAGCAACAUUGAGGAGGAUUUCAGAGACGGGCUCAAACUCAUGCUGCUGCUGGAGGUCAUAUCAGGUGAACGUUUACCCAAACCUGAGCGAGGCAAGAUGAGGGUCCACAAGAUCAACAACGUCAACAAAGCGCUGGACUUCAUCGCCAGUAAAGGAGUCAAACUGGUUUCUAUCGGAGCCGAGGAGAUCGUGGAUGGGAAUGCUAAGAUGACCCUGGGGAUGAUCUGGACCAUUAUCCUGCGCUUCGCAAUCCAGGACAUCUCCGUCGAAGAAACCUCUGCUAAGGAGGGACUGCUGCUCUGGUGCCAGCGCAAGACUGCUCCCUACAAGAACGUCAAUGUGCAGAACUUCCACAUCAGCUGGAAGGACGGUCUUGCCUUCAACGCUCUGAUUCACAGACACAGGCCUGAGCUGAUCGACUAUGACAAGCUGAGGAAGGACGACCCCAUCACUAACCUGAACAACGCCUUUGAGGUGGCCGAGAAAUACCUCGACAUUCCCAAGAUGCUGGACGCUGAAGAUAUCGUGGGCACGGCCAGGCCUGAUGAGAAAGCCAUCAUGACCUACGUCUCCUCCUUCUAUCAUGCCUUUUCUGGGGCGCAGAAGGCGGAGACGGCAGCCAAUCGGAUCUGCAAGGUGCUGGCGGUGAACCAGGAGAACGAGAAUCUCAUGGAGGACUACGAGAAGCUCGCCAGCGAUCUGCUGGAGUGGAUCCGAGCCACGAUCCCCUGGCUGGAGAAUCGCACCCCCGAGAAGACGAUGCAGGAGAUGCAGCUGAAGCUGGAGGAUCUCCGAGGGUACCGGCGGGUUCACAAGCCCCCCAAGGUGCAGGAGAAGUGCCAGCUGGAGAUCAACUUCAACACCCUGCAGACCAAGCUGAGACUGAGCAACCGGCCCGCUUUCAUGCCCUCCGAGGGGCGCAUGGUCUCGGACAUCAAUAAUGCCUGGCACGGUCUGGAGCACGCGGAGAAGGGCUACGAGGAGUGGCUGCUGAAUGAGAUCCGCAGGCUGGAGAGACUCGACCACCUGGCAGAGAAGUUCAGACAGAAAGCCACCAUCCACGAGGCGUGGACCGAGGGUAAUGAGGCCAUGCUGACCAAGAAGGAUUAUGAGACGGCAACGCUGUCCGACAUCAAAGCCCUGCUGCGCAAACACGAGGCCUUCGAGAGCGACCUCGCGGCACACCAGGACAGAGUGGAGCAGAUCGCUGCCAUCGCACAAGAGCUGAACGAGCUGGAUUACUACGACUCUCCCAGCGUGAACGCUCGCUGCCAGAAGAUCUGCAACCAGUGGGAUGUACUGGGAUCUCUGACCCAGAGCCGCAGGGAGGCCCUGGAGAGGACAGAGAAGCAGCUGGAGUCGAUCGACGAGCUGUACCUCGAGUACGCCAAGAGGGCAGCGCCCUUCAACAACUGGAUGGAGGGGGCGAUGGAGGACCUGCAGGACAUGUUCAUCGUGCACAACAUCGAGGAGAUCCAGGGUCUGCUCUCCGCUCAUGAGCAGUUCAAGGCCACUCUCUCCGAUGCUGAUAAGGAGCGCGAGUCGAUCCAGGGGAUUCACAGCGAGGUUCAGAAGAUCGCCCAGUACAACAACAUCAAGCUGCCUGGAGGCAACCCCUACACCACCAUCACCCCCCAGGCCCUCAACGACAAGUGGAACAAGGUACAGCAGCUCGUUCCUCAGAGGGACCGCGCUCUGCAGGAGGAGUUGGCACGGCAGCAAUCCAACGAGCGGCUGAGGCGCCAGUUUGCCAACCAUGCCAACGUGGUGGGACCCUGGAUCCAGAACAAGAUGGAGGAGAUCGGGCGCAUCUCGAUCGAGAUGAACGGCACGCUGGAGGACCAGCUGAAUCACCUGAAGCAGUACGAGCGAAGCAUCAUUGAGUACAAACCCAACAUCGACCAGCUGGAGGGAGACCACCAGCUCAUCCAGGAGGCGCUGAUCUUCGACAACAAGGACACCAGCUACAGCAUGGAGCACCUGAGAGUGGGCUGGGAGCAGCUCCUCACCACCAUCGCCCGCACCAUCAACGAGAUCGAGAACCAGAUCCUGACGAGAGACGCCAAGGGGAUCAGCCAGGAGCAGCUGCACGAGUUCAGAGCCUCCUUCAACCACUUCGACAAGGAUCACAGCGGCGCGCUGGGACAGGAGGAGUUCAAAGCCUGCCUCAUCAGCCUGGGCUACAAUGUGGAGAACAACAAGCAGGGUGACGCAGAGUUCGCUCGCAUCAUGAGCGUCGUCGACCCCAACGGCAGCGGGGUCGUGACCUUCCAGGCCUUCAUCGACUUCAUGUCCAAAGAGACGACCGACACAGACACUGCUGAUCAGGUGGUGGCGUCCUUCAAGAUCCUGGCAGGAGACAAGAACUUCAUCACCGCGGCCGAGCUGCGCAGGGAGCUGCCUCCGGACCAGGCCGAGUACUGCAUCGCCCGCAUGGCUCCCUACCAGGGACCCGACGCCAUCCCUGGGGCCCUGGACUACAUGAGCUUCUCCACAGCGCUGUACGGGGAGAGCGACCUGUAGCACGCACUCUCACUCACUCUCGCACUCGCUCACUCUCACACUCUCACACUCACACACUCGCUCACUCAGCCAGGAGCAACAAGAGAGAGGGGAGGGAGGGGGAGGGAGAAUCUGACCGUGAGUCUUGUUAAACAUUCCAUUAUUGUCUUAAUAUUUAAUAAUUAAUAAUGCAAGGAUAUAAUAACUGUUUAAUCUAUGCAAUCAAUUAUCAGUUUGAAACAUUAUCUAUAUACAUAUAUAUAGAUAUAUUCAGGAGCACAGAAGCAAAAACUAAAAAACACAUUUAAAUGAAGGGUACAGACCAGACGCUAAAUCCUGGUGAUUUGAUUUUAUUUUUUUCUUGGACGUCGUCCUGGAGAAAGAGAGGUUUCUUCAGGUCUUUUUUUCUGACGAGAUUCAAAUGCGUGCUCUGAACUGACCGCCUGUGCUGGUUUUGUUAAAUUAAAAAUAAUAAUAAUUAUUAUUUAAUUAAAAAGGGGUUUAAUUGCACUUUUUAAGAAAAAUAAAAUAAAUAAAUAAAUAGUUUUCAUUGACAGAAUGUGAUGCAAUAUAACAGAGCAGACAGGCAGGCACAGUUCUGUUUAUAUUUCUAGACACACAACAAUGGACCAAAUUUAUCGUACUGCUUAAUGUAAUCGGGGAUGGGAAUCAGACUUGAGUUUGUUACCUAGAUACACAGGGGCUGGUAGUGCAUCCUGGACUGGGUGACUCUGCAGCGGGAGUCUGAUUCCCCUCUCCAGUUUGUUAAUUGUUUGAGUGUUUAAGCAAACGGCUGAUGGGACCUAGCGUAUAUCUUUAAAAACAGAAUUAAAUCUAAAGCCUGAGAGAGUAUUUAUCACAAAAUAUGUAACCCUGUGUUUUAUUGUGACGUUGCACGCGCUUCCUUUCUGGUUUGUGUGGUAAAAGCUUUUCCUCUGGCGUUUGGUGGCUCAGCGUGAAAUUUCCAGCCUGCUCCGUUUGAGUGUGAAGAGAACACAGCCUUGUGGAGCAGCGCCUGUGAAACCCGGAUUCCACACAGAGCAGAACAAACUCCCGACUGGGUGUUUGAGACCGGCUUCCCUUCAGAGUGAAGCAGAAACAGCCGCCUGGGUUCGUGUGGGUCGCUGUUCUCCUCCACAGAGUCUCAGAAAAGCAGCGAUCCGCACAAACCCAGGCAGAUGCUUCUCCACUCUGAAGAGUGACUCGGCCCGGGCGACUCCAGCGACCCUUGCCUGCAGAGCGCUCCACCCAGAGGAAUAAUCGCGUUCAAAUAUCUUCACAGCUGCAGCGAAGACUUCGAUUUUUAUUCAGGCUCUUGCUUUUCCUCAUUAUUAUUUUAAUAUAUAGAUUUUAUCCGGCUGUGAUGCUUAUCGCUGUUCAUAUCAGAUCUUUGAGGAGGUGCCUGCGUUAUUAAUAAGUGUUUAUAAAAGCAGGUAGAUAUUUCCAUCUGUGGAUAUCGAGAGAGAGAGAGAGAAUGAAUUCGGGACCAGCGCCCAGCUCUCUAUCCAGGGAGUCAGAAUGCUCAGCACUCCCUAGAAAUACUUUUCGAAGUAACUGACAGACCGAAAACUGGCUGUUUUAAAUAAUGAGCCAGCAGUGCUGGGCCUCCCUCGCUUUUCAGAGAGCAGCAGGCUGGAAUUUAGCGGGGAGACUGAAGCGGUUUCAGUCUGAAACGCUGUCACUCCUGCGCUGUCUGAAGCAGUUGUUUUAACCAGAAGGCUCCAGGUCUUUAAUUAAAAUGAAUGCUUUGUCUGGGUGUUUAAUUGUGAUUUUUGGAUGCAGGAUAAGCUCUUUAUUGAAGCUGGGUGUAAUAUAAACACUUUUCUUUUCUAGUGUGGAGCAUUUAGUAUUCUCCUUUCUCCCCGUUUUCUCUCCUCCUCCCUUCAUCCCGCUCCUCUCCCCUCACCCCAUCCUCUCAGUUAAGUCACGAUGUUAUCAAAAUGUUUGCAUUAAGUUUUCCUGCUGCUGGUGUAAAAGGUGUUAAAGGGGAGGAGCUUUUUUUCUGCAUUUUUCUGUGGGUGUUUUUAAAUGGGGUUCUGCCCUCCCUUUAAGGAUAGAUCAAUAAAUUGACCAUAUUUUUGAAA